ACUACAUCUAGGUCGACGCGACGAUAAACAAUCCUCAUCUCUGGACCGGCGCAUCGCCAGCAGCCAAUUUUGCUUCUUAUCACCUGUUACCAUCUCCUCCAGCUGUGCGUUUUUGAGCAUCAGCGCCUGAAAAGACGCGAUCAAGACCACCCACCCCUCUGCACGUACCCGAUCUGGAGCCAGCCACCACGAUUCGCGGACCGAAGCCCCUCCUCUCGCCUGUGCUGCCGCCAUCGCGAUCCAGACCUGGUCGAUGAACGAAGCUUGGACAGUGUGUUCCUCACGCUCUACGGUUCUCCAUUCCACUAUAUCUGGAUCCAUCUGCGGGAAAGGUCGACUAUCGCUUCGGAGCCCCUCCCUUGGGCCACCCCAAGGUCGUCGUCCAGUGUCUCCCUAAUCGCCGUUUGCAGAGCGUGCCAUGUCAUUCCUCUUUGGCAGAGCCCGAUCGCGAGCCGCCGCCGAUUUACCCAGACAGGCGCGGGACCAUGUUUCGCGGUUGGAUGGCCCCAACGGUGCCGCCAAGGCAGAGGAGCUGGCCCGAGUGCUGGCACAGAUGAAGCUGGUACUGCAGGGAACACACGAAACCGAUAGCUCUCCUGAGCAGAUAUACCAACUAGUUACCGGCCUCAUCGACGAAGACCUUUUACACCUCCUCGCUGUCAACCUAUACCGCCUGCCAUUCGAGUCACGAAAGGAUACUCAAGUUAUAUUCUCCUAUGUCUUCCGCUUUCGUCCCGCCGCGGCGGCCCCCAAGAGCGACCCCAUCGCCCUUUCAUACGUCGUUUGCAAUAGACCGCAAGUUCUCGUGGAGCUGUGCCGCGCAUACGACCACAAGGAGAGCGCCACGCCCGCGGGUUCAGUCCUCCGCGAGCUGCUUAAAAACGAGGCUGCCGCCGCCGUCAUCCUCUACGAUGAUGGUGACGAACCGGGGUCCAGUGCAAAGGGGCUCAACGCCAUUGAUCGUGAUCGGCCACAGAGUGGGCGUGGCGUCUUCUGGAAGUUCUUCGAGUGGAUCGACAAGAGCUCAUUCGAGGUUGCCGCCGAUGCCUUCACCACGUUUCGUGAACUCCUGACACGGCACAAAGAUUUGGUCCCACGCUACUUGUCCGUCAACUUCGACCUCUUUUUUGAUAAAUAUAACAAGAUUUUGGUCCAAUCCAAUAGCUACGUCACGAAGAGGCAAUCAAUCAAACUUCUUGGCGAGAUACUUCUGGACCGCUCCAACUACAGCGUCAUGACCGCGUACGUCGACCAAGGCGACCACCUCAAGAUAUGUAUGAACUUGCUGCGCGACGACAGGAAAAUGGUCCAGUACGAAGGCUUUCAUGUAUUCAAGGUGUUCGUCGCCAACCCUCACAAGUCGGUUGCUGUGCAAAAGAUCCUACUCAUGAAUCGCGAGAAGCUUUUGACCUUCUUGUCGCACUUCCUCGAAGACCGGACCGACGAUGAGCAGUUCAUCGAUGAGCGGGACUUCUUGAUCAAACAAAUCAGGAAUAUGCCACCUAGCCCCAUACCGCCUCAGCGAUGAUUCGAAGUCUACAGUCUUCAACGUUUACUUGAGCUAUCGCGAGCUGCGGCAAUGCGGCAAGUUUGCAAGACGCGCCUCGUGCCGCGUAAGCGUCCUCCGAUAAUGAACAAGUUUCAGCCCGAAUGUUCGGAGGUCAAUCGUUCCUGAACUGCCGACUGCGUCAGAGCCCCCGUAUGCCCCGAGGUGGGCUGCAGUGCGUGCAUCAUUUGCAGGUUGAGAGGAAAAGCGAUGGGUCCAGUCGAGGUCUAAAUUCAUGAUGUGCCUCAGAAUUCCCAGUCCUUAUCGGAUUGAAUCAAAUGCCCUGUCCUACUCUAGGAAUGUCAACG